AAAAAGAAGUGCAUAAGUUGUGUGGUAAAGAGGUUCAUUGUUUGAGGGAUAAGAUUGCAGUUUCUUGUUAGACAGUAAACAAUGGCAUCUGCAUCAGCAUCUCUCUUCAAGUCAUCAAUUGUUCUUGACAAGUCUGAAUGGGUGAAGGGCCAAACCCUCCGUCAAUCUUCGGUGGCCGCUGUACGAUGCAACCCCGCCGCUCCAUCAAGUCUCACUAUCAGAGCUGGUUCCUAUGCCAAUGAGCUCGUUAAGACCGCGAAAACAAUUGCUUCACCAGGACGUGGUAUUUUGGCCAUGGAUGAGUCCAAUGCUACUUGUGGGAAAAGUUUGGCUUCAAUUGGGCUAGAGAACACCGAAGUUAACCGCCCAGCAUGGCGUACUCUUCUGGUGACAGUUCCAUCUCUUGGAGAGUACAUCUCUGGUGCCAUUCUCUUUGAGGAGACUCUCUACCAAUCCACAACAGAUGGAAGGAAGAUUGUGGAUGUACUUAUUGAGUAAAACAUUGUUCCUGAUAUUAAAGUUGACAAGGGUUUGGUGCCCCUUGCUGGUUCCAAUGAUGAAUGGUGCCAAGGUCUAGACGGUCUUGCCUCUCGUUCAGCUGCAUACUACCAGCAAGAUGCUCAUUUCGCCAAAUGGCGUACUGUUUUGAGCAUCCCCAAUGGUCCCUCUGCUCUUGCAGUCAAGGAAGCAGCCUGGGGUCUGGCUCGCUACGCUGCAAUUAGUCAGGACAACGGAUUGGUCCCAAUUGUGGAACCAGAGAUCUUGCUUGAUGGAGAACAUAGUAUUGACAGAACUUUUGAAGUAGCACAAAAGGUUUGGGCUGAGGUUUUCUUCUACCUUGCUGAGAACAAUGUCCAAUUUGAGGGCAUUCUCCUCAAGCCUAGCAUGGUUACCCCAGGAGCUGAGUCCAAGGACAAGGUCUCUUCUGCAACAGUUGCUGACUAUAUCCUCAAGCUCCUUCACAGGAGAAUCCCCCCAGCCGUCCCUGGUAUCAUGUUUUUGUCUGGUGGACAAUCUGAGGUUGAAGCAACGCUCAACUUGAAUGCCAUGAACCAAUCUCCAAACCCAUGGCACGUGUCAUUCUCAUAUGCAAGAGCUCUCCAGAACACCGCAUUGAAGACAUGGGGAGGCCGCAUAGAGAACGUUCAGGCAGCACAAGAAGCACUCCUUUUCCGUGCUAAGUCCAACUCACUUGCUCAACUUGGAAAGUACACUGGUGAGGGUGAAUCUGAGGAAGCCAAGAAGGAAUUGUUUGUCAAAGGAUACUCUUAUUAAGAUGUCAGAAAUCAUACAUGCAUGUUAGUAAACAGCACCAACAAUUAAUGACGGAGAAUGCAAGACAAGUUUGUCAAAAUUGUGUAAUGUUUUAUAGUCUUGGAGACUAUUUUUGUUUGUGGUUAUAUGCAACUUUACAACUUAAUAAUAUCUCUUGGUAUGAGUAGUUGUCGUGUACUUGAAUGUGUCUCAACAUAAACCAAAAUGAUUUCUUUUUAACA